AUGUCUGACGUUGAUGACGAGCUGCUCGCCCUGGCUGGUGGCGAUGUUUCGUCGGACGAAGAGGAACAGCACCAGAGGCGGCACUCAGGCGACGACGACGACGAUGACGUUCAAAUGAACAUCAGCCGCAGCGGCUCGGAAUCGCGGAAUGCCACGCCCGAAACGAGAAAGAAUGAUACGCUUGUUUCCAGAGGCGCAGCCGCUAAGAAGACGCCUGCGAAGAAGGUUAAGCGGCGUGCAAAUGAGGAUGAUGAGUCGGAGGAGGAAGGAGAAGCUUCCUCAGCACCUGCUUCUCCGGCUUCACUUCAGUCAGCCCCCAUGGAUGAGUCCGAUUCCGACUCUGAUGCUGGUGCGGCCCCUAGAAAGGGCCGAGGCGCUGCCAGCGGCGACAACGAUGACGACGACGACGAUGAACACAAGUAUCCCGUCGACGGACUGUUUAUGUCUCUGGAUGAGAAGGAAGAAAUCAUGAACAUGCGCGAGGUGGAACGGGAGCAGAUUCUGGCUGAAAGGGCUCAAGAAAAGGACCGCAUCCACCAGAACAAGCUUCUCAGGCAGCUCGUUAGUAACGAUGAACAACGGAAGAAGCGUUCGGCGAGCGCAGCAGACUUGGAUGAAGGCCAACGAAAGACAUCGCGGGUACGCACCAAAGUGGGCGGCACCAAGGUGGGGGAGACGAACUCGGCAAUGGACACGCUGAAGAACCGGCGGGCUGAAAAGAGUGAACGAAACCGUCGACGGGAGGAGGAUCGCGAGCGCCGGAAGGAUCGGUCAUCCCCGAUAGGUGGCCACGACCAUGAGGACGGUGACGACGACAGCGAGGUGGAGUGGGCAAAGAUAACACGCAAAUCUCGCUCGCCCGAAGCCAAAGCGAUCCAGACGGUGGAAUUGCGGGACAUCGAACGGGUGCGGCUCAGUAGAACCCGGUUCAGCCAAGUCUGCUUUUAUCCCGGUUUCAACACUGCGAUUUCGGGGACGUUUGUUCGAAUCUCCAUCGGCCCAGACCCGGAGACUCGCGAACCGGUGUAUCGGAUGGCUUUAGUCAAGGGGUUUACCAAGGGCAAGCCUUAUGCGAUCACAGGAGUCCAGGGCCAACUGCUUGUCACGGAUCAGUACGUGCAGGCAGCGCACGGAAAGGCACAGAGGGAAUGGCCUUUCCUUGCGUGUUCAGACGGUCCAUUUACCGAGUCUGAAUGGACCCGCUACCAGAAGAUAUGCCACGUUGAUAACGUGUCAAUACCUAAGAAGGGGAUCCUUCUCAACAAGGCAGAUGACAUCAACAAGCUGAUCAAUCGAAGCUGGACCGAGGACGAGCUGACCGAGAAGGUGCAACGGCAGCAGGCGCUCAAGAACCGGUUCAACGGGGUCGAGCGAAUGAAGCUGGAGUAUGGGAUCAAGGAUGCCAAGGCGCAUGGCAACUUUGUGCGCGCAGAGCAGCUGCAGGAGGAACUGCAGCACCUGGAGACACCGCGGCUGGCGUUUAAGACAUCGCUGACGCAAGUUGGCCAGGCAAGCAACAGCAGCGAUCAGGGCAGCGGGGGUCUGUCGCAGCAGGAGCGGCUGGCACAGCUAAAUGCUGAGAACCGACGACGCAACGCCGAAGCGGUGCGCAAGGCACAGCUGAAGGAGCGGGCGAAGGUGCGGGCGAUCAAUCGCAAAAUCGAGAGAGGCGAGGAAGUGGAGGAGGACCAUUCACGACGAGUGCGGACGCGAGCCAAGUUCGUGCAUGACGUGAAUGACCAGGGACCCGAAAAGAAGCCGGCCAGCCAGCCAGCCAGUCAGGCUGGCAGUGGUGCUACGACACCGGCCAACGGGACACCUCAGCUGGGGGCACAGAAUAACGGCGGCGGUCUGCUGCACCUGGCGAAGCUGCAGCAGAGGCCGACGACGAAAAGCGGCCUGCCAACGAUUCACCGUCCCAUUGUCGAUGACGACAUCAUUGCGUCCCUGGACCUGGAUAUCGACGAAAACAUUAUGGAUGACUAA